AAAGAAAGAAAAAGGAAAAGAGGCUUUGUUUUGUCUCUGAUACUUCCUCAUUGAAAUCUCAAGUGGACUGUGGAGCGAAAAAUUUGCUUUUGUGAGUGUUCAAAUGGAGCGCACCAACAAGAAGCCCUCGUCUGUACCCACCAACUACGUCACCAUUCUUGAGCUCAAAGAGCGCUGGCUCAAAGAGAAGGAACGACAAAGAGAUGAGGAGGAACGACAACGAAAGGAGAAGGAACAAGAAGAAGAGGAGCUCCGACAGCAAAAGCUCCGAGAAGAGCAGGGAAAGCAACAGAAGCAAAACGCCGUCGUUCUGAAAGCCCGAACCGAUUCCAGACCUACGGAUCGCGGUAAUCAGACACAGUUUCGGCCGGUGGAUCGGAGGAGUGUUUCGGAGCGCGAGGGUGCUGAGCUGGAGGGGAAAAAGCAACCCGUCGUACAGAAAACCGAAGCCGAUUUCAAGCCUUGGAAUCGCAGUGGUCGGACAAAGUUUGGGCCGGUUAAUCGGACUGUUUCGGAGUGCGAGGGUGCUGAGCUGGAGGGGAAGAAAAACGAGGAACCAGAGGAGAAGAAGUUAUGGAAGAAGAAAAAGUCGAAGAAUAAGAAGAAUGUUAGGGCAGAGAAGGGGGAAGUGAAUGAGAAGGAAUGUAUAGUAGACGCGCCUCAAGCGAGUUGCGAGAAGGGAGACAAUCAGGCGACAGGGAAGGAAGAAAAGAGACCUGAAAUCGAAAUUAGGGCAAAGAGCGAGAAUGUGCUUCCGACUGCGGAGAUUGUGCCGAAAUUUAGGGAUUUAUCGGUGAAUGGGGAGACUGGAAAAGGGGAUGAUAAGUUGAAGAGACCAAGAAUAGUUGAUCGCCGUGGUAAUGGAGGAAUUAGGGGUUAUUAUGAGAGGCCUGGUCGCUGUGAUAUGCAGAAACAGAGAGGUUAUGCUGGGAGGGUUUGGGUUAAGAAAGGAGAAGUUGCUGAUGACAAUGGCAGUGGAGUUCAACAAAGCUUGGAGCGCAAUGAUGUUAUUUCUGGUCAAACUGGAACGUCUUCGAAUGCAAGGUCACUGAAAUUCGCUGGAGGUAUGAGCAGGAAUAAUCCAGGACGAUGGUGGCUAAGCAGACACGAACCGAAGUGUUUAUAGUUGAUGUUGACUUGUAAAGAUGCACCGGAAAAUAUGCAUGUUUCCGUUUGAUCAUGAAUCAGAUCAAAAUUCGGAUAUUUUUACUUGAUGUGCUUGAUGCACCUAAUCGUGAUUUGGGCAUUGAAACUUGAUGUAUAAAGGAUGUUGAUGCUCUGUUAUCAAAAUGUGUAGAAUAUUUAAUGACUUUCAUCAUUCUGCAUGUCUCGUUCUAAACCCAUGUUGGAGUGAUCGAUUGCUUGUUGCCCGA